AUGGAAGAGACGAAAAAAGAAACUGUGGACCUUUCGAGGCGUGGGUUGAAGAAAAUAGAGAAAGCGCCCGUAGAGGAAUCUAAGACGAUUAUUAAUUUGAUCUUAGAUCAAAAUGAACUGCAGCGUUUAAAAGCUGAAUGGCUGUACAGUCAAGGAAAAGGUCGUCACUUCCAUUCUGGUCAGCAUCAGGAACUGUGCGAGUACCUGGCGUCGACUUGCCCCCUGACUGCUGAUGCGCUUGAAACUGAGGAUCAAAGGAAAUUGAGACUUAUACUGAGCAAGGCGCAACAUCAUCAGCAACAGUUAAAGGAUCAAAACCACAGUCCCCUCAAAUCCAAGUUGCAGUCUCCUAGAAUGCAAUCUCGUAUAACGCCACGACAUAUGGGCCGAUCACCAGACCGCCUCACAUCCAGUUACCACGCAGCGCUAUCUAAGACCAGUUCACCAUCACACCAGAUGUCCUCGUCUCUGUGCGGAGACCUCCCCGGUAUACAUACGGCUAUGAGUCAGAGCUUCGAUUCCCCAGGCCUCUUGUAUAUGACAGAGAAACGGGAUAAAGAGAGGGAGAAAAUACCAGAACCAGUGCCCCAACCAAAGCCUAUGAAUCAUUCACUGGAAGCAGCAUCCAAGAUGGUGCCUGUACCGGAGUCUUUAAUGAGUCCGGAUUAUCAGGAUCCCAUAUAUGAUAUCCAAAGAAGUAUACCAAAGCCUGUGAACCACUCUGUGAAUAGUAUUUCUAAUACGUCAUCACAGUCCAGUAACAGCAGUAUCCACGAAGACAAACCCAGACAACAUAAUCAGGCGAAGAAUUUAAAGGGUUCCCCUAAAUUACCAAAGAGUGCGAUGUCAUCCCCAAAACUGAAGACUAAAAUGGACCAAAGAAAAGGCAGCUUAACUAAACUUGAAUUCAAAAAUGAUGACAAGAAAUUGAAUGGUAUGACGAGCGAUAAUACCAACCAAAUGAGUGAUAUUAUGAAACUGGCCUCCAACCAGCGGCGGCAGAAGAAGAUGAGUGUAGAGUCCAUGGCUGCAGUUACCAUUCAGAAGAUGUGGAGGGGCUACAGAAGUAGGAACUUAAAUAAGGACACUUUGAGGAUUCUGCAUGCCAUACAAGCUGCUAGAGCGAGACAACAUAUACAACGGUUAACAUGCGACAUGGAGGCUACGAAAGCGGCGCUGGAGAGCGAGAGGAAGAUUCAACAGCUGCAGAUGCAGGCCAUCAAUGCGCUGUGGAAGAAAGUCUCCACGUUGCAGGCUACUGAUAACCAAAAACCGAGAAUGUUGGACCCUGAGGACAACACCGACGUGUUGCGGCAGCUAACAGAGACCUGUUUCAGUUUACAAGCACAGGUGGUGGAGUUGCAGAGUUGUAUGCAGGAAGUAUUGAAGGCUGUGUCCAAUAAAGGCCAAGCGGAGGGUGUCGGCACACAAACAGACAUCACGGCUAUUGACACGCCACAGGAGGAGCGCGGCUCGUGGCUGCGGCGGCCGCAGUCGCUGCCGCUGGCCGUGGCCGAGCCGCGCGACGAGCCCGCGCACAAGCCGCGCGACACCGACCUCGUUGAGAAGUCAAGCGACUCGGCCGCUCUGGGCAUAGAAAGGACCGAGUCGGUCAUAGAAGAGCAAGCGGAGCCGAACGACGACAUCAACGCGGUUCUCGGUGACGUCAUCGUCCACUGA